UAUGAGCAUUAGCGUUAGCGUUAGCAUUAGCGAUUUUCCCCGUGGGAAAGACUGACCAACGGUGUUCCGGUGUAGCUUCAGCCGGUGGCACAGCACUUUGCACUGGGUGCGCGGUUCUUCGCUAAGCUCUCCGCGUCACGAAGUCCACCUUUAGUGCUUUCUCUGUCCUGUCUGGAGGAACCGUUAGCGUGUUGUUUACAUUGCUGUCUGCGCGCGCUGUCACAGGUUUAACGUUGUAGAAAUGGCUAUGAGGCAGACUCCUCUCACGUGUUCCGGUCACACCAGGCCUGUUGUGGAUCUGGCCUUCAGCGGAAUCACUCCUUAUGGCUAUUUUCUCAUCAGUGCUUGUAAAGAUGGUAAACCAAUGUUGCGCCAGGGAGACACAGGGGACUGGAUCGGGACGUUCUUGGGUCACAAAGGUGCUGUUUGGGGCGCCACCUUAAACAAAGAAGCUACGAAGGCGGCUACAGCGGCUGCCGAUUUCUCUGCAAAGGUGUGGGACGCAGUCACGGGAGACGAGGUCCUCACGCUGGCGCACAAGCACAUCGUCAAAUCCGUCAACUUCACGCAGGACAGUAGCUGCCUUUUAACAGGAGGAAAUGAUAAAGUGCUGCGUAUUUACGACCUGAACAAGCCUGAAGCAGAGCCGCGAGAGAUCUCGGGCCACACAUCAGCCAUUAAGAAGGCGCUGUGGUGUAACGAUGAUCAGCAGAUCCUCUCUGCCGCCGAUGAUAAAACCAUACGUCUGUGGGAUAGGAACACGGGCGAGGUGGUGAAGACGCUGUCGUUCGAGGCGUCCGUCGGCAGCAUGGAGUACGUCCCUGACGGCGAGGUCCUCGUCAUCACCUACGGAAGGACCGUCGCCUUCUACAACGCUCAAACCCUGGACCUGAUCAAGACCGUGGACGCUCCGGCCUCCAUUCACUCCGCCUCCCUGCAUCCCGACAAAGACUUCUUCGUCGCAGGAGGAGACGACUUCAAGCUCUACAAAUACGACUACACCACCAAGGAGGAAAUGGAGUCGUAUAAGGGUCACUUCGGGCCUGUGCACUGCGUGCGCUUCAGUCCUGACGGAGAGCUGUACGCCAGCGGCUCCGAGGACGGGACGCUGCGCCUGUGGCAGACCGCCGUAGGGAAAACGUACGGACUGUGGAAGUGCGUGCUGCCCGAGGAGCUGUCUUCGGAGAACUCGGACGCUCUGUACUGCCCUCCGGCUGAGAUCAAGGCCUGAGGUGUGGACCGGGAAGAGCGAGCGAGUGGAGCGGAGCGGAGAGGAGAGAGGUCCAGGACAGGCCCAGAUCAGAUGUGAUCAGAUCCCCUGCAGAGUGCUGUGCCACCUCAAUCUCCAUCACCCAGUAAAAUAAAAGAAUAAACGAGAAACGACAAAACGGCCCGCGGAGCUGAGCUUAACACGAGGAGUGCAGGGUGGGGCAAUCCAGCAGCGCGUCACGCUACACGACCCACACCACGCACCAGGAGGCAGCAGUAGAGAUGGGAGUGCUCACGUUCCGACUCCCAGCUGCCUGCUCUCUCUCUGAUGCUGUUCAACACCAUCCGGCUCCUCCACCGCGCUGCCAUCACACUUACCUUACUUUCAUUAUUGUAUCUUUUUUUUUUUUCUUUCUUCCUUCCUUUUUCUUUUCUUCCUUCAGAAAGUAUAAAAAAAAAAAUUGUGCUUUUAAACAAACAAAAUGGGAUACACAAAGUUUCUAAUUCAGUAUAUUGAUCUCAGUGAAGGUGAUCCUGAGGAAGUGUUACGUCAAAUGUAAUCCACAGUGGUGUCUUGGUGUACUAUAUUCACCCGUCGAGUACGUCGAAAUUUGGGGUGUUUUUUUGAAAUGUAACGAGUAAAACUGACUUUAAGGAAAAAAAAAAAAAAACCAGAAAAAAAAAAGUGACUUGAGUUCUUAAGUUUUUUCUUUGCAACGUGCCAGCUGUAAUGUGUGGUCAAUUAAAAUCGUUUACGAGAUAUUUACCAUUUACAAGUUGGUCGGCACGCUUCAUUUCAAUCCCUAAUAAAGACAUAAAGCACUCCUGAA